AUGCAAGUUCCCCCCAAACUCGGUGUUCUGUACGCCAGCCCUCGAGACCGCACUCCUCACACCAAAUCCAUCCUAACCAAGCUGAGCCGAGCCGAACCGCACCGCACCGCACCGCGCCGCGCCGCGCCGAUCCGAGCCAAGCCAGUCCGAGCAUUUAGCCCCUGCCGCCCCGCACAGAGGCAGCAGAGGAGGAACGAUGAGCUGGUAGCGCAUCUUUACGCACCAGAGCCGCCGUCCGUCCCUCAUAAACCCACAUUCUGCCUCUUUACGUUUAAUAUUCACUCCGAGACCAUGGAGACGGCAGUUCCCAGGACCGAUAUUAUCAUUUCUCAGCUGCUCCUUUUCAGCCAAAUAGUUGUGGCAGCAGAGCCGUUGGUCCGAGGCCUGAGGAAACUCCCUGAAGAUAUUGACUGGUCGUACUCAGGUACCCUGAACCAGCACAACUGGGGUAAGAAGUACCCGUCUUGUAACAGUGCCAGACAGUCUCCUGUGGACAUCGACGAAACCUUUACCCAGGUUAGGCUGCAGUACCAAAACCUGCAGCUGGAAGGCUGGGACAAACUGACGGCAGGGUCCAGCACCAUCCAUAACAACGGGAAGACUGUGGCCAUCGACGUGGAAGGCGAGUUCUUUGUGAGUGGAGGAGGCCUGAGCUCCAGGUUUCGAGUUAGUCGAAUCACCUUCCACUGGGGCCGCUGCAACAUGACCUCAGAUGGGUCUGAGCACAGCCUGAAUGGGAUGAAGUACCCUCUGGAGAUGCAGAUCUACUGUUACGAUCCAGAUGAUUUUCAAAGUCUGGAUGAUGCUGUUAGGGAAGGAGGGAGAGUCGCUGCCUUGGCUGUGCUCUUUGAGAUCAGCCUGGAAGACAAUGAGAGUUUUAAUCCUGUUAUAGAUGCCGUGAACACUGUCAGCAGGUUUGGUAAGAGUGGAUCACUGGAAGCUUUCAGUUUGCAGUCCUUGCUGCCUAAUAACACAGAUAAAUAUUACAUCUACAAUGGUUCUCUGACUGCUCCCCCCUGCUCUGAAACCGUGGAAUGGAUUGUCUUCAAACACACCGUGGCCAUAUCAGAAACACAGCUGGAGAUGUUCUGUGAGGUGAUGACCAUGGAGCAGGCUGGAUAUGUGAUGCUGACGGAUUACCUACAAAACAACUUCAGGGAGCAGCAGCAGCAGUUCAUGGGUCAGGUGUUUGCCUCAUACACCGGAGUGGAGGACGUGCUCACGCCCACCUGCAGCUCAGAGCCAGAGAAUGUUCAGGCUGAUGCCCAGAAUGAAACCACCAUCGUAGUGAUGUGGGAGCGUCCCCGUGUGGUUUAUGACACGACCAUCGACUGGUACACCGUCACCUACCAGAGGCUGCAGGGCCAAGACCAGAUCAAGCAGGAGUACAGGACCGACGGGGACCAGGAUGUGGGUGCCAUCAUUCCCAGUCUGCUGGCCAACAGCAGCUAUGUGGUUCAGGUGGUGGCUUUUUGCACCAAUGGACUCAGAGGACGAUGGAGCGACCAGAUUAUAGUGGACAUGCCGUUAGAGGACCCUGAAAGUGAUUCGGAUUCAGAUGCUGUCUCGAAAGAUUUGGAGGGCAACAGGGAGGUCUCAUCUAAAGGCAGACGGGGGAAGCCUGAGAACCAAAAUCAGGUGGAUUUAACCCCAGAGGACCACAGCCCUGUAGAGGAGAUCCCAGUGGAGCAGACCAGAGUUUACCAGAACCAGCCUACACACCACCAGAACCAGCCAAGAGACCAAACCCAAGAAAACCAGAACAGUCCGGACCAGGUCGACACCCGUUCAACCCCAAAAACUCCUUCUGAUUCUGCAGUUCUGCAGAAAACUCGACUCAACCAGAACGUGAAAAAGAAACCGGGCCAAAACAAGUCUAAACCAAAUUAUGUGGAUCAGAAUUGGAUUGAUGAGGACAGGAGGGUCCCAACACACCGGCCCUCUACUAAUGCAGGUUUUGACAGCAAUAGUGCAAUCUGGGUAACUGAGGUGACUGAACAGCCAGGCUUCCUAUUCCCAGUUGCUCGGACCACCACGCUGCGGACGAUCCACCGACAAAUCACAGAAGAAGCCUCGCUGUCAGUGUUGCCACAUCAGUCCAGGGAUCAUGAUCCACCUGACCAAGUUGGUGAAAGUGGCCUCCCAUCUCCCCAGUCGGACCUCUACACCCCUCCUGUGGAGGAAAUCCCAGUCACAGACAUCUUCUAUGAAGAUACUGUCAACAACUUUCCACUGGAAGCCACCACCACCCCCGCUGCAGUACAGUACGUAUGUUCAUUCCGUCCCACAGAUAAUAAAGUGGACCGAGUCUCCCAACUGUCCCCUGAAGACAGCGAUGCUCCUGUGAACAAACCUGUGGCAGAAACUCUCACUUCGCCUCCCUCCUCGCCCUCCCCCCUCUGGAUCACAGCGAGGGCAGCAACUGCCAGCAACACCCUCGCCGACUCAGUCUACAAAUCAUUCACCACCUCCUCUCUUCUCCAGGUGCUGAUGCAUACGACCCAGCCCAUGUUCAACGCAAAUACACCCACGUCCAAGUCUGAGGACUCAACCAUUGACCUCUCCUCUAGCCUAACACAUUCUCCUAAUGCUUCUAGUGGAGUGAUCGUCCACCCUGCACACCCUGCAGUCUCUUUUCCUGAAGGAGGAUUCUCUUCUUCCAAAGCAGAUUUAUUCAGUUCAACACUCAGUCCAUUCAGUGAAUACACCAGCAGUGUCCGUCCUUCACCUGCCCUCCCUGAAGAUAAGAGGAGUGGUGUUGACUUUAAUCGUAAGGAGAAGUCCUCUGAGGACCACUCUAUUGUCCAUCUACAAAUGGAUUUAGAACACACUCACAUUCCUACAACUUUGGGUCCUCAAGAUCACUUAAGCGCUUCGUACUCUCUUUCUCUGCUUCCCGAUUAUGACUUGAGUAUCAUCAACUUAUCGAAAACAGAUUCUGCAGAAGGAAAUACCCCAAAUACCGAAGGUGACGGUGGGAUUCAAGAUGAUCUGACCAUCUCACCAUGUUGCAACAAUGAAGACGACCUCAGCUCCAGUUCAGUCACAUCUUUUUUUGAUUCCAAAGAUCUGGAUUUGUCAGACAGAGCAACAGAGGGCAGCGGAUCAGGCUCUGGCCUUGACCGUAACAGGCUCAGUCAAUACUUGGAUGAAGUUUCUACGAUCAGCACUGACCUUUCUACUUUUCCAAGCUUAACUCUUAGCUUCAAGGUGGAUGCUACAGGCGAAAAAAGUUGGUCAGCUGCAACUAAGAUGGCGACGGGAACAGAUAAUGAUACAGAUGGAACAAGAAGCAAAAAAGGUGGCAGAAAAAAGUGGGGAACAGAGGCAGAGAAAGAGAUAGCAGAGAAUGUAAGUGAGCUAAGACAUGAGGAAGAAGAAAAGAUAGGAGGAGAGGGAAUAAAUAACACUGGGAAUGAGGGAGGGAGGAGAGUGGAUGGAGAAACAGAGGAGAGUGUCAGACAGCUCGAUAACACAGCAGGCCGUGGCAUGCUGAAAGAAAGGGAGAGAGAAACUGAAGGUGAAACCGUAGUAGGAAAGACAGCAUACAGUGAGACUGGUAGCGGGGCUGAAACUGAGUCCAAUUUAAGGGUUUUGAGUUGGUCUGUGGACGUCAGUGGUUCUGGAGAAGGUGGUGGAGAAGUCAGGGAUGUUGUAGAAGAUAACAAAGCUGUAGCUGAAAGGGAUGGUGAUGGCAAAGGUGGUGCAAGGAAAGACAGCAACAAAGAAGUUGCAUUUAGAAUAACAGAUGGUCUGCAGCUGCCUGUCAAUCAAAAUAAACCUAAAGCAGAAUUCCCACUGUUUGACAGCAGUGAAGACAAUAUCAAUGGUGGCGGUGAUGGACAUGAUGAUGAAGAUCAAAACACAAGUCUUGACAGUCCAGUUGUUGGGGAUAUGGAGAGUGAGGAGCAUGUAGAAGGAGGAGGUGGUAAAGGAGAGAGUGAUGCAGGUGUUAUUGAUGAGAGUUUGCAGCAGUUCUCAAGUGCGGACGGUUUGUUGUUUGAUGCUGCAAGGAGUCCUGUGCUGGGACAUUUAGUCCCUCUGCUCAGAGCGACAGAUGCCAACAAGGCCACGGACCAACAAAUGGAAGAAGGCAGCAACAGCAGCCAUGAGUCUCGGGUCGGGCUGGUCGGAGGUGUGGAGAGGGAGAGGAGGACAGUCGUUCCUCUGGCUGUCGUCUCCACUCUCACCAUCCUCUGUCUGUUGGUACUGGUGGGCAUUCUCAUCUACUGGAGAAACUGUUUCCAGGCAGCUAAUUUCUACCCAGACGACAGUGCAUCACCUAAAGUCAUAUCUGCUCCAUCUACACCCCUGCUGCUGGCCACAGACGGUCAUGAGCCGCUGACAGUGAAGCAGUUUGUGAAGCAUGUCAUGGAGCUCCACGCCACCAACACCUUCUUCAAGGAGUUUGAGAUUGUCAAAGAAUCCUAUGAGGAGGUGCAAGCCUGCACAGUGGACAUGGGCAUCACCGCCGACAGCUCCAAUCACCCUGACAACAAGAGCAAGAACCGAUACAUCAACAUACUGGCCUAUGACCACAGCAGAGUGAAGCUGUCCAACAGCCUGGACAGAGAUGGGAAGUGUGGGGACUACAUCAAUGCUAACUUUGUUGAUGGUUACGAGCGAACAAGGGCGUACAUUGCUGCUCAGGGGCCUCUCAGAGCCGGCAGGGAAGACUUCUGGAGGAUGAUCUGGCAGCAGAAUGUCGGCAUUAUCGUCAUGAUCACCAACCUCAAGGAGAAAGGACGGACAAAAUGUGACCAGUACUGGCCGGAGGAGAACCAGGAGGAAUACGGUCCAUACCAGGUGACCCUGAAAAGCAGCAAGACCCUGGCUUACUACACGCUGCGGACGUUCACUGUCAGAGACACUACAAAUAAGACGUCUCAGAAGAGAGUUGAACACACAGUCCUCCAUUACCACUACACCCAGUGGCCAGACAUGGGCGUCCCAGAAUACACUCUGCCCGUGCUGUCCUUCAUCAGAGCAUCGUCCCGGGCCCGGACACAGGAGAUGGGACCUGUUCUGGUACACUGCAGUGCCGGUGUAGGACGGACAGGAACCUACAUAGUGAUAGACAGCAUGCUGCAGCAGAUCCAGGACCAGGGGACGGUGAACGUUCUUGGUUUCCUAAAACAUGUCCGGACUCAGAGGAACUUCCUGGUUCAGACAGAGGAGCAGUACGUGUUCAUCCACGACGCUCUGGUGGAGGCCAUCUUGAGCCGCGAAACCUCUGUGACCUCUGACCUCCUCCACACCUACGUGUCUGACCUCCUGACACCUGGGGCGUCAGGCAGGACGCGCAUGGACAAACAGUUCAAAUUGAUCAGUCAGCGUCAGGCGAAGCACGCAGACUACAGCACUGCCCUGAAAGACGGCAACGCCGAGAGGAACAGAGCCAGAGCUCUGAUGCCGGUGGAGAGAUCAAGAGUCUGUCUGACGGCCUCAGAAACAAACGCCACCGGCUACAUCAACGCCUCCUACGUGAUGGGACAUCACCACAGUAAGGAGUUCAUCGUGAGCCAGACUCCUCUGAGCAGCACGGUGGCUGAUUUCUGGAGAAUGAUCUGGGAGCACAACACUCACACUGUUGUUCGUCUGCCAGACACACACUGUCAGAGUGAAGAGUGUUGUGUCUACUGGCCCAGUAAAGACCAACCAAUGAGCUUUGAGGGUUUCAGUGUGUCGUACUCGGGGGAGCAGCAUGUGUCUCUGUCCAACGAUGAGACACUUUUGGUGCAGGACUUUAUAGUGGAGUCUCCACAGAACAAUUAUGUGUUGGAGGUGCGUCAGUACAGCGCCCCCUGCUGGCCAAACCCAGACAGUCCCAUCAGGAACUGCUUUGAUCUGCUCAACACAGUCAGAGAGCACAGCAGACACAGAGACGGACCUACAGUCGUACACGAUCCGUUGGGAGGUGCUACAUCAGGGCUGCUCUGUGCUCUCACCACCCUGUCCAGCCAGCUAGAAGAGGAAGGAGCUGUGGAUGUCUACCAGGUGGCACGAAUGACCAACCUCAUGAGGCCUGGGGUAUUUAAUGAUUUAGAGCAGUACCAGUAUCUGUACCGAGCUGUGCUCAGUCUGGUGAGCAGCCAGGAGGACCAGAGAGCCCUGCAGAGUCCAGAAACCAACGGGUCUGUGCCACUGGGGCAGACCAACAUCGCAGAGAGCCUGGAGUCACUCAUGUAG